AUUACUGUAAAUUAUUGUUAUAAUUAUGGCUUGAAAUUGAUAAAGUAAGGUAAAGGAUUAAAAACAAACUUUACCAAAUGGUAUAAUUAAAUACUGGUUGUGUAUACACACACGUGACCACUACCACUACCUAACUUAUCUAACCUAACAUGACCUGACCUGACUUGGAUUUGGACAACAAUUAGGUAGUCAAACAAUCAUUAUGUUGACAAGAUACAUCUUUUAAUGACUGAUAAAUAAUAUAAACCAAUUUUUAUAUAGAGAACAUUUCUGUUCUAUGUUGUGUCUAAAAUAUAUUUUUAAUUUAUGUAAGAGGAAUACUGUCUAAAACAGCACAAGCAUGAAUUUACGAGAACCAAAGAAGAAAAAAAGAACAAAAUUGAAAUCACAAUUUCCAUUUCCCAUUCCAUUGGAUGAAACUCAAGAAUGGCCAGUGUAUACAGCACAUCUCACAGAUGUGGGAUCAUGCAUAAUCGAACCAAAAGAAAUCAGUGCAGUGCAUUCUAUGGGAUUUUUUGGUAAAGGAUCAUUAUCGCGCAGCUAUCCAUCUUUUGGUAAAGCAAGAUAUGGAACACCUCCAGUAGUUCGAAACAGACAGUGGCUUCAUAGGCAAGAAUGGCUGAAUGAAGUCAAGGAGUUGAAUUCUACCUCUUCCAAUUAUGAAGUGAAAAUCUGUGAUAUUGAAGAUGCUAAAACAAGUGCUCAAUGUGAAGAAGAAAAUAUCUCGAAUAGCAAGGAAGAAAAUAUUGGAGAUAUUAUUGAAAUUCCACUGAAUUGCAAUGAAAAUAAAGAAAUAAAUGAAGUCAAAGAUGACAUAGAAAUUGAUGAGGUUGUUCUUGAUUCUGCAGAGGAAGAUGACGUUUGUGUUAUUGUUAAUAAUCAAGAAUCUGACAAUAUAAAGAAUUCGCCAAAAACUCACGAUAAUAAAAACUCAGAAGAGAAAAAAGAAGAGGAAGAACUUUGUGAAUUAAACUAUUACGAUUUCAAAAGCGAUUGUGCGAAUGAGGACGAUAAUCAACAUGGAAAGCUGUUGGUUUUGCCGGACAGCGAUUCGGAUACCGAUAAUUAUUUGAAAGAUAUUAAGCCAAGAAUCGAAAACGAAGGUUUUCCGAUUCGAGAAGCUCUACAUCUUACUUUCGAGGAGACUUUUUUCCUCCUCUUUGGAUUGGGUUGCCUUCAAGUGAUUCACUUUGACGGCAGUCUAUUGGACAUUAAUAGUGCAUGGUUAUACUUUUGCAAGGAGAAACCAGAUUUUUUACAGAAAUAUGUGGUUUAUCAUUAUUAUAGGAGUAAAGGAUGGGUGGUCAAACCUGGCCUGAAAUACGGCGGCGACUUUUUGCUGUAUAAAGAAGGACCACCUUUCUUUCACGCUUCUUAUAUUGUCAUAGUCGAAGUAGCAGAUGCAGACUCCUUAAUAAUAGAUCCUCUUUCCAUGAGAUCUACAUGGAACAGUUUGUUUGGAUUGGAAAGGCUCUCCGAAACCGCUGCCAAGGAGAUACUCUUCGCACAAGUUUUAUGGCCAUCAUCGGUGCCUCAGGAUAUUAGUACGACUAGUCCUGAAAUACUUUCCGAAUUCACAGUUAGAGAAUUACUUUGGCGUCGAUGGAAUCCGAAACAACACCGUGAAGACGUUCCUACCGAAGAUGAGGAUUCAUGUUAAAGGUUUUUUAAAUAUUUUAUAUUUAAACAAUUUUUUUACGAUAAUAUUUCUCUCUAUUUUUAUCUAUAUUUUGUUUUCUAUAUCGACUUUUUUACUGCAUUGCGCGUAAUAUUGCACUUUAUAUACCUAUAUAUAUAUAUUUUUUUUUUUAACGAAAAGCUUAAAUGUAUAUAUACACGUUGCAUUAAAACGUAACAUGCGGAUUGCGUGUAAUCAUAUCUCAUCAUAUAAAAGUAAGAAAAGUUUCUUCUUAAAAUAAAUUCGCAAUUCUUCUCAAUCUCGCGAUAUAAUCGUAUGGGAGAUUUUCACAUCUUACAACAUGUCAUAGUAAUCAUCGAUUGUGUAUGCUCUAUAAUAAUGCAAUAAUAAUAUGUACUAUUUUUAUAAUACAAAAAAAAGAAUUGUGUAGAAGAUAUUACGACGUUCUCUCUAAAAUAAUAGAAAUAAUUUCUCGGUAUCUCAACUAUUAACGUUAAUAUUAAAAUACAAAAUUAUUACGCGAAUAUCGAGAAUUAUAUUUUUAGCAAUGAAAUAUCAGCAUACACGAUUGUGUGUGCUCUAUAAUAAUGCAAUAAUCAUAUGUAACAUGUAACAUUUUUAUAAUACAAAAAAGAAUUGUAUAGAUAUUACGACGUUCUCUCUAAAAUGAUUUCGGUAUCUCGACUGUUAGAUGUCAAUAUUAAAGUACAAAAUUAUUACGAAA